AUGUCCUCCAACUUCUCCAUCACCCCGAUCCUGAUCGCGUCGCUCGGCUUCGCCUUCAUCAUCGUAGUCGUCGCUGGCACAGGUAAAUUGUACGACAUCUACCGUCGUCGUCGUCGAGGUCGUCUUCAACAACGACAACGACGACACCAAACUGCCCCAGCUGACGCUAACACUGACACUGACUCCCCUGCAGACUCUGCCCGUUGGACUUACACCCCUUACAACACCACCACCACCACAUCGGCAUCGGCAAUGUCGACCUUGAGAAUUCCCCUUCCGAUAGCGUCUACUAAGGGACCUAGUCGAUGGGCUCGAGGAGGUGGUGGUGGUGGUAGGUCUAACUAUAAGAAGAUCAAGGAUCUGCAAGCUAGUGUUAAUGAUGAGGAGGAGGAGGAGUGGGAGGAGGUGGAGUUGAGGGACUUGGAGAUGGGGAGGUGA